CUGAGGGAGUGCCAGCGAGGGCGGGAUGGGCGGGGGCACGUGUGGGCAGUGUGGUAAGCAGGCGGAACAGCGGUGUACGGGUUGCAAGCAGGUGUUCUAUUGCAGCAGGGAGUGUCAGAAAGCAGGAUGGAAGGUUCACAAGGACGCGUGCAGGCCCUUCACGGUGACACGCAACAAGGAGGUGGGUCGCCUGUUGGUGGCAUCACGUGACCUGGCCGUGGGUGACGUUAUACUACGGGAGGUGCCGCUGGUGAUGGGCCCCAAGCAGGACACCGACCCGCUGUGCUUGGGAUGUUACAGGCGCCUCACGGGGAGCUACAGGUGUUCGCGGUGCACGUGGCCGCUGUGUGGGCCGCAGUGUGAGGCCAGCGCGGCGCACCAGCCCGAGUGUGAGGUCACCAAGGCGGCGGGCAUCACCAUUAGCCUCAACGACACCGGCGGGUCACAAAGCCAACUCUACGAACUGGUCACGCCGCUCAGAUGCGUGGUGGCUGCGGGGCGGGGCGGGACGGCGGGUCAGCGGUGGCGUGCCAGCUGCGAGCGCCUAAACAGCCCCCGCCCUCCCCACACCCCUAACGCCAGCCCCCUGCAACAGCAUCACCAGCUACAGAUCCAGCAGGAGCAGACCCAGCAGCUGCAGCAGGUGGCCACGGCGCUCAGAGACACCUUCCGCCUGCAGAACUACCCCGGCGUGGACGUCUCCGAAGCCGCCAUGCUGCACGUGCUGGAGCUGCUACAGGUAAACCAGGUGCCUACAAAGGUGCCGUACGCGGAGGUGACGGCACUCUACCCCAUGGCGUCCCUCGUGAGCCACUCCUGCACGCCCAACACACGCCCGCAGUGGAAGGAGGGCGCGCUAACACUCCUGGCGGCGGACCCCAUACCCCGCGGCGAACCCAUCACCGCACUCUACACGGACAUCCUCUGGGGCACGCGGGCGCGGCGGGACCACCUGAGGCACACCCGGCAGGUCACGUGUACCUGCCGCCGCUGUGCAGACCCGACUGAGCUGGACACUUACUUCUCGGCGCUGGUGUGUCGGCGCUGCGGCAAGGACGUGCUGCCCUCCGCCCCCAUGGAAGACACGGCGCCCUGGCUCUGUCGCGGGUGUGGCCAGCAGGUCAGCGUGGAGGAAGCCCUACGCACAAGCCUGGCUCUGGGCGCAGCGGUGGAGGCAGCGCUGGCGUCCCCGACCAUCGAAGGCUUGGAGGCGCUGCAGCACGAGUGGCUGGGCAAGGUGCAUCGCAACCACUACCACCUACACGCCGUCAAGCACUCCCUCCUGCAGCUGUACGGCCGCUCGCAGGAGAAGGCGGAGGAAGGGGAGAAGGACGCCCAGCACUGGAGGGAGAUCGCCAAAAAGGAGGCAGCCUGCAAGGAGUUCCUGACGGUGUGUUCACGCCUGGACCCCUCCACCGCCCACACCGCGCACUGCGUCGGCCUGACCUUCUACGAAUACCACAAGACCAUCCUGCAGAGCGCCCAACGGCACUUCGCGCUCAACCAAAUCUCACGGCAACAGCUAAAGAAGAGAAUGUUGCUGUCCAAGGCGCUGCUGAAGAAGACGAUGGACAUAUUCCGUGACGAGGCGCCGGACACUCCCGAAGGUCAACUCUGCGACACGUGCGAGGAGGAAGUCAUCAGGAUCGGGAAGUGGAUGCUCGCUGUGGGUCUCGUGUGAGCUGAUCCCACUGCUGCCACCAGCUGAGGGAUUGAGAAAGCUUUAUGUUACUGGUUGUCUUCCUUUCAUAGUCUCCGUUUCUUGAUAUGUGGGUCUCGUGAGCUAAUCCCACCGCUGCCACCAUUUGAGGGAUUGAGACAGCGUUGUCAUGUUACUGGUUGACUUCCUUUCAUAGUCUCCAUUUCUUGAUCUGUGGGUCUCGUGAGCUGAUCCCACCGCUACCACCAUUUAAGGAAUUGAGACAGUUUUGUAAUGUUACUGGUUGUCUUCCUUUCACAGUCUCUGCUUGUUUUCUUCUAUUACGGAUUCUUUUCUUAAAUCUUAUUCUUCAUCUUCCUCGCUUCGUUGCAAAGUCAUUUUAUAUUCUCUCUCUCUCUCUCUCUCUCUCUCUCUCUCUCUCUCUCUCUCUCUCUCUCUCUCUCAUCUUUGUACUUCAUUUUCUCUACUUUUUGUCAUUCUUUUAUUUUUUCCAUCUCUUCCUCUAUCUUGGUCUUUCUUUUCUUCUCUGUUUACUUAUUAUUUUCAUGCUCUUCGUUUCAUUUGGUCAGGAGUCUUUUGUGUAUCCUCUUCUCCAUCUCUUGCUCCUUUCUUGAUCUUUCUUAUUUAUUUCUAUGUUCGUGGUUCGUCUCAUCAGGAGUCUUUUUACGUUUCUUCAUCUUCUAAACCUUUGACUCCUGUCCUGAUCUCUCUUUUCUUCUUUUCUUUUUAUUAAUUCUUUUCCUGUUACGUUUCCUGUCCCUUCUCUCCACCCCUUGCCCCUUUCCUGAGCUCUCUUUUCUUCUUUAACGUUGUUGUUUUUUUCUUUACAUCUCUACCUGUAGCGCCGGUAGACUUUCUUCGGGGGCCUGGUGGUCGGCCCAAGCCCGUCAUGGCGCUGGCAAUUUUUAUAGUGGCGCCAGUUAUGCUUGGCUCGUGCUGCCCCCCGAACUCAUUCUUGAUUCACUUGGACGGUUUCUUCUCGAGUCCGGGUUGAUGGGUGGUCUUCUGUACAGCAUGUGGGUAGUCUUAGGCUACUCGGCGGUGACUGAAAAAUCCCAGGUGGUAGCGUGGGGAUUCGAACCGACGUUGUCCGUGGCGCGGUGAAUGCGGGGCCCGCACGCUAACCACUCAGCCACCGCCUACCCCAUGUUCUGUGGUUCAUUUGAUCAAGAGUUUUAUUUUCCCUCCUCUUCUACAUCUGAUCUUUUUUCUUCUCUGAUUAUUUAUUCUUCUGUUUUGUGGUCGACUUGAUCGGGAGUCUUGAGCCAUAACAGGUAUGAAGGCUAGAGAGGAGGAGGUCGCCGGCUAUUGUCUAUCGGCCUCAUGCAGCCUCCUGUUAUCUCUGUCUGGUUUGUGCCACUCGCUUAUGGACACGCCUCGUCUGUCUGGUGGUCUCGUCGGCAAAGAAACGAGUCUUGGAAGGAAAGCUCCAACGCUAUUUAUGUAAGUCAAG